GUUUCGUAAGUGCAACCAUCGUGACUACAUGUAUUCAGUAUGUUUGUAUAUCUUCCAUAGCUGUGUCUUGUUCGACUGGUUCUUCUCUGUCGUAAGAAACAUGGAGACGCCUGUCACUAUUCGCGGCGUUCUAAUAGUCACAAUAUUUGCUGUUGUCGCUCAUCUACUGGUAGGAGAGUUUCAGCAGCGGCUGGACGCGGAUGUGGCCGUGAUCCCGCCGUGCGCGCGGCCCCAGCCGGUCGGGGCGGAUGUGACGGGAGGCCCGUACACACACGGGGCGGUCGCCGCCGACGCGAUGGAGUGUUCUGCCAUCGGCAGGGACAUCCUGAAGAAGGGCGGUUCGGCUGUGGACAGCGCCAUCGCGGCGUUAAACUGUGUGGAACUGGUUCACGGCCACAGCACGGGGCUCGCCGGGGGUUUCAUCAUGACAAUAUACAACAAGGAGACAGGCACAGCACAGGUCAUCAACGCCAGGGAUAGAGCCCCUUCCGGAGCCUCCAGAGACAUGUUUGGGUCGAACAACGCCAGCGUACGGUUCGGAGGGUUGUCUGUGGCCAUACCGGGCCAGGUCCGCGGGCUGUGGGAGGCUCACCAGAGGUACGGGAAGCUGCCGUGGAGAGACCUGUUCCUACCGGCUAUACAGCUGGCGGAGGAAGGCGUCUGUAUCGGCAGGUCUAUGGAGAAGGCCAUCAAAAAGAACCUCGAAUUCAUCAAAGACCCAAAGAAUCACCUGUGUGACGUGUUGUGUGACGAGAACAACAACGUCAUGGGUCAGAACAUGACUCUGAAGCGGCCCCAGCUUGCAAAGACGCUCCGCGCGAUUGCUGAUGGAGGUGCAGACGCCUUCUACACCGGUGACAUCGCCAGGAGUCUGGUGAAGGACAUACAAGACGCAGGUGGCAUCAUCACCGAGCAAGAUCUCCGCGACUACCAGGUGGAAAUAUCGGACCCUCUGAAGAUUUCUCUGUCGGGUGGCCUGACGGUGCUGUCCCCGCCCCCGCCGGGAGGAGGCGCUGUGCUGAGUCUCAUCCUCAACAUCUGGGACGGCUACGGCCUGAACGCCUCCAGUGUAGACGGUACAGAUAACCAGGUGCUGACGUAUCACAGGAUGCUGGAGGCUUUCAAGUUCGCCUUCGCCAGGAAAACCGAGCUGGGAGAUCCCGACUUCGUCGACAUAGAAGAGUUGGUGAAGAAGAUGACGUCCAAGUCGUUUGCCGACUCGCUGCGUCAGCAGAUCAGCGACACCAUGACGCACGACUGGCGGUACUACGACCCUGUGUACCACCUUCCCAAGGACGUCGGCACCACACACGUCUCCGUCCUGGGGCCGGGCAACGACGCCGUCUCCGUCUCAAGCUCCAUCAACCAAUACUUUGGCGCAAGGUUCCGCUCAGUGUCCACAGGAAUCAUCCUGAACGACGGGAUGAGGGAUUUCAGCUUCCCGGACAUGACAGUACAUCAUAUUCCACCGUGUCCAGCUAACUUCAUCGAGCCAGGCAAGCGGCCUAAGUCGUCGAUGACCCCGUUCAUCGUGCUGAACAGUACCGGUGACGUCAGGCUGGUGCUGGGUGCCGCUGGAGGGGUCAGGUGUGAGACUGCCUCAGCUUAUACGACGAUGCACUACCUUCGCUUUGGAACCAGCCUGGCAUCAGCCAUAGAACUGCCGCGCCUUCACCACUCGCUCAAGCCGAACAAGAUCUACACUGAAGUGGACAGGCCUUUCGAGCCAGAGGAAGUGUUUGCUGGUCUGACGGAGAUUCACCGUUGGAAGACGUCCCAAGACAUAGCCGUACUGCAGGGCGUGGUGCAGGAGGGAGCCUCUAUAUUCGCACACUCCGAUUCAAGGAAGGACGGGCAUGCAGCAGGAUUCUGAUCACUAGCCUAAGUACCAUCUUCCGUAGUGACCGCUGGCUCACUACUUUCGCUUAGCUGAGUACCAUCUUCCGUAGUGACCGCUGGCUCACUACUUUCGCUUAGCUGAGUACCAUCCUCCGUAGUGACCGCUGGCUCACUACUUUCGCUUGCUAACCAGCGGUCACUACGGAGGAUGGCACUCAGGCUAUCUGAUCACAGACGGAGAUUAUCAUAAUUUUUUUUGGUAAAAUGGAAAGAGAGAGAAAGAGUUACUUUAUACACCUGUGAUACAUGCAAUUUCAUAUUUGUACUGUAUUUGUGGUCACAAUAUGAUUUAGCUAGUGAGCUGCCUAGUGCCCACAUUAAUAUUGUAUUGUCCCUGUUCCAAUUCGAAUAAGGUCAACGUCAAAUUAAUGAGUUUAGACAAGUCUCUGCUGAUUUUGAAACAUAUCUGCUCUUACUUUUUCAUCGUCACAAGGAAGAUAUAGAUAGAAUUCCAAUUCAUAGUAUAUUAAAAUUUCUGUAUUACUCGCUUGACAAUACAUAAUGUAUCUCUCAGCUAAUAUUCCUUUGUUGUGAUCUGUACUUAACGUAAUAGGUAUGUAACUUUAUAACUUUGGUACACAGGAAUGGUCCCCAUUCGGUCAAUAAAGCUUCCUAUGACUAACAUACUUCUGAUGUCAAAAUAUGUUUAAUUUUAAAACUCGAAGUAGAUUUUAACAAUCAUUGUCAAGUUGGUGUCAAGGUGCAAAAAUCAGUUUAUUGUUGUAAUUAUCUAUAGGAUAAUUUUAUGUUGUGUGCUUGUUACACUAAGAUACGUGUAGACAAGAUGAGAAGGUGAUUUGUACGAACCACUGUAAACCUUGUAAUGGCUACUAAUCAAAAUCCCUUCAUUUUAGAAGUAGAGUUUUCCCAUUAACUCACUCUGGUGGUAAGAGUCUUCAAAGCAGCGUAUAAUAAAUAAAGUAUGAAGCUCCUGAAAAA